CUCUUUGACGUCGUCUGGCUACUGGCUGCAGUUCUGCGCUCCAGCCACACAGCACGUAUUGCGCAACGUGACUGAUCAUCUGUUCGCCAAUCCCUCUAGAUAGUCUGUGGAGAAAAGGAAAGAUCGUACAGUACUUAGCACAAUACUCACAUCCUCUAUACCGUUUUAUCGAGGGAGUUUACUUGUUAUCGGGCGCAUGCUCGUUGCCGGCACUGGAGCAGCCUUCGUCCGCCCGGAGGUGACUCGCUUGUGGUCCCUGGAUAUAGUCGUGAUGUGGUGGUGAGCACAGCACGCAUUUUAGCAUCACCAGCUUCGCGCGCCCUCAUGCUUCUCUUUUUUCCCGGUAGCUGUGAAAUACAGAAAUAACAAGUUAAAAGCCAAGCUGUCUUGUGAGAACAUCGGGUUCUGAUACAGACGAUCGGGGGAUUACUCUUGUUUUUGCAUAACCAUGGUUUUCUGGGAUUCGUGAAGACUCGUCGGUGGAUAUUGCAGGACUGCGAUCAUACGUGCUGGUUUAUUUCUUUUUUUCUGCGGGGAGUUUUAACGCAUCCGAACAGAAGGUCUCCUGUUUUUGGUGUAUGUAUUAGAGCCACCAGCAUUUCUUUAUUGAUUUUAUUAGAUAUAGCUAAAUCGUUAUUCAGAUCCAGAUUUUUAAGAAUAUAAUAUACUGAAAUGAAAAGCUGUUCAGGACCAUAAGCUGUCGCACUUUGCCGUAUUAAAAUUAUUUUGUAUUUGCCACACCACCUUCAGAACCAUCACUAAGCACCGCGGGCGCGGUGUGGUUUUUUCACUGGAUUUGAGUUCUUUCCGACUGCCUGUCUUGCUUCUGGCAAGGACUCGUCGCUAUUGAGCUGGAUAUGGUGACAUUAACGUAAAGAUGGAUUUAGUUUUCGGUCUCUCGUGGCUUCUUACGGUGUUUCUGGAGGGCAUUCAUUGCCAAGGAGUAUAUGCGCCCCCAACGGUCCGCAUCGUGCACUCGGGCCACGCCUGCAAUGUGGAGGAGGAGCGCUACACCGAGCGCGUCUACACUAUCCGGGAGGCGGAGACUCUGGAGCUCACCUGCCUGGUCACAGGGCACCCACGUCCCCAGAUGCGAUGGACUAAGACGGCGGGUAGCGCAUCAGACCGCUUCCAGGACUCCACCGUGUUCAACGAGACCCUGCGCAUCGCUAACAUCCAGCGCCACCAGGGGGGGCGCUACUACUGCAAGGCGGAGAAUGGCCUGGGCUCGCCCGCCAUCAAGUCCAUACGCGUAGACGUCUACUACUUGGACGACCCUAUCGUGACGGUGCACCAGAGCAUCGGUGAGGCCAAGGAGCAAUUCUAUUACGAGAGGACAGUGUUCCUGCGUUGCAUGGCUAACUCCAACCCCCCAGUCCGCUACAGCUGGCGACGGGGGCGCGAAGUCCUGUCCCAGGGCUCCGACAAGGGCGUGGAGAUCUACGAGCCCUUCUUCACCCAGGGGGAGACCAAGAUCUUGAAGCUGAAGAACCUUCGACCUCAGGACUAUGCCAACUACAGCUGCAUUGCCUCAGUUCGGAACGUGUGUGGAAUUCCAGACAAGAAUGUCCUCUUCAGACUCACCAACAGAACAGCAUCACCCAGCAUUAAGCUCCAGGUGGAAGACCCCAUCGUGGUGAACCCUGGGCACACGGUGACCCUGGUGUGCGUCACGGUCGGUGGGGAGCCAACGCCGACCCUGACCUGGGUGUCCAAUGCCGAGACCCUACCGGCGAAGGCCGUCCUCAACGGGGGCACCCUCACCCUGCCGGCCGUCGUCACAGAGGACGCAGGCGUCUACAGCUGCGUGGCCAACAACAACGUUGGCAACCCUGCCAAGAAGUCGGCCACCGUCAUUGUCAGAGCUCUGAAGAAAGGACGGUUCUGGAUCACCCCGGACCCCUACCACAACGAUGACAACAUCCAAAUUGGCCGGGAGGUAAAGAUCUCCUGCCAGGUGGAGGCCACGCCCCCCGAGGAGCUAGUGUUCAAUUGGCUGAAGAACGGGCGGCCGCUGCGCAGCUCCGAGCGAAUGGUCAUCACCCAGACCGACCCCGACGUGUCCGCCGGCACCACCAACCUGGACAUCAUCGAUCUCAAGUUCACCGACUUCGGCACCUACACCUGCAUCGCGUCCCUGAAGGGCGGGGGCAUCCCAGAGAUCAGCAUUGAUGUCAACAUCUCCUCCACUACUGUCCCUCCUCUGUUUUUCUCUUUCUUAGUUCCCCCGAACCUGACGGUCCCACGGGGGAAGUCCCCUCUGGUGACCCAGGAGGGCGAUACGGUGGAGCUUCAGUGCCUUGUUUCAGGGAAGCCCAAGCCCAUCAUCCUGUGGUCCCGGGCCGACAAGGAGGCGCCCAUGCCGGACGGGAGCAUGCAGACGGAGAGCUACGACGGAAUCCUGCGCAUCGUCAACGUCUCCCGGGAGAUGACCGGGUCGUACCGCUGCCAGACCAGCCAGUACAACGGCUUCAACGUCAAGCCCCGCGAGGCCGUGGUGGAGCUCAUAGUGCAGUAUCCACCCACGGUGGAAGAAGUGUUCACGGAAAUCCGCCAAGGGCUGAUGCGCUCCUUCGCCAUGAGCUGCCGAGUGCUGCGGGCCCAUCCUUCGCGGGUCCUCAGGUAUGAGUGGAGGUUGGGUUCGAGGCUGCUGAAUGCAGGCCAGUUCGACCUGCAGGACGAGACCGAGUUCAACGUGCGGAGCCUGAGCCGGGAGGGUUAUGGGGAGUACACUUGUGACAUCAUCAACGAGGCGGGGGCCGGACGCUGCACCUUCCUGGUCACAGGCAGGGCCUACCCUCCGGAGUUCUUCUACGACACCUACAGCCCGCUGUGGCAGAACCGGCCGCGGGUCUACGGCUACAAGCUGCAGUGGACCCAGAUGAACCCCGGCGCGGUGGACCGCAUCGUGGCCUACCGCCUCGGCAUCCGGCAGACGGGGCAGCAGAGGUGGUGGGAGCAGGAGAUCCCCGUGGAGGGAACAAUCCAGACAGGAGAGCUGAUCACCUACAAUCUGACUGAGCUCAUCAGACCCGAGGCGUACGAGGUGCGCCUCACCCCCAUAACCCGAUUUGGGGAAGGCGACUCCGCCGUCCGGAUGAUCAAGUACAGCACACCAAUCAAUCCACAUCUGAGAGAGUUCCACUGCAGUUUUGAGGAGGAGCCCAUCUGCAUGUUCACCCAGGAGAAGACCGAUGACUUUGACUGGACCCGACACAGCGCCGCUACCCGCGACACCAAGUACACCCCCAACACAGGGCCCAGCAGCGACCGCAGCGGCUCUAAGCAGGGCUACUACAUGUACAUCGAGACUUCCAGGCCCCGUGUGGAGGGGGACCAGGCACGACUGCUGACCCCCAUUUUCAAUGUGGCCCCCAAAAAUCCAUACGGCCCGGCGGGCCAUGCCUACUGCUUCAGCUUCUACUACCACAUGUACGGGAAGCAUAUUGGUACGCUGAACACAUUUUUACGACAGAAAGGCCAGACCUCAUCUGAGAGCCCUGUGUGGUCACUAAGCGGUAAUCAAGGAGACCGUUGGCGACAGGCCAAAGUUGGCAUCCACCCGACGGCCUCCUUCCAGAUGGUGUUUGAAGGUAUUCGUGGCCCAGGGAUUGAGGGGGACAUAGCCAUUGAUGAUGUGACCCUUGAGGAAGGGGAAUGUAGAGACCCUCCACCCAAUAAUCUGAGGUCCUUGGCUCCUCCCACAGCAGACCAUAUAUGGCGGCUAUGCGUCACCUUGCCUCUGGCCCUCUUCAGCCAGCGGAGGUGACCUCCCGUCAGCAGGGGCAAUGGAACGGUCAACCAGGCACCAGGAGCAAGGGGUGGCGGGGCGCCCUCAAACCUUCAACAUGUAAUUACCAAAGAUUCCUGCCGUGAAAACACUGAGAAGGACACAGGACCUUUGAGUGAAAGAUAAAUGUGAAGAUCUGCAUAUCUUUGUUUUGCUUUGGGGAUAGGAUCGGAUGGGGUACAGCAAGUCUGAGUCUCGAUUUGGAAAACAACAGAGAAACAUCUGGAGCUAUUUGACCUAUUUAAAGCACAUGGAUCUAUAUAUUUUUGCCUUUAUAGACUGUGCUUUUCAGUUAUUGUUUAAAAAAAGAGGGGGAAAACCAGAUAAAACCGGAACCCUUUGCAAAACAGAGUAACGUUGAGAAGUGGCAGCAAUUACAAUCCAGACCCCACCCCGGCCUCCCCCCUCCCCCCCAACCAGCCCCUCACACGUACCUGCCCAAAGUCAUUAUUAUAAACAACCGAGCUUCUCUGCCCAGUAUUCACAAAACCCGAGCUUUACAUUCACCCUUAUUUUCUUGUGCAUGGCCGCACCGCUGCCCUUUCCCACAUCGCCCCUCGUACAGAGCACACUGACAUUUCAUUUAAACUCUACAAGAAAGGAUAAACGGCAAAACGUCCUGUCUUUCCACGCGAGCCGCUGCCCGUUGUCUCGGCACCUGGCGUGCCCGGAUCGCCACGGCGAUCUGCUGGAAG